AUGGCUUCAAAUCAUUUUGAUCAACUAAAACAACAUAAUACUCGAUUAUCGGAUAUGGUCAAAGAACCAAAACGGAUAUUACCACCAAUAAAAGGAUUUGAAAAUCUCGAACUUGUCUCAUUAGAAAAAGCUGUUGAAUCUCUAAUUUCAAUUGUACCUGAUAUUGAUCAAAUGGUUUAUAUAGUUAAACAAAAUUGUACUAAUCCUAAAGAUGAUCUUACUUCUGAUGAAUCAGCUUCAAUAAUGCUUUAUUCAAUGGAAUGGUUAUCACGAGAUAAUUCAUUUUAUUUUAUUCUAAAUAAAACUCUUCGUUCAGAAAAUCGUCAAUUAUUAAAACCAUGGUUUCUUUAUUUACGAUUAUUUAUUCAUUCUCUUUCAAAACUUCCAUCUUUUAUAGGAAAAACUAUUUAUCGUGGAAUAAAAAUGGAUUUAAGAAAUGAUUAUCCAAUAGAUAAAACAUUUGUUUGGUGGACAUUUUCAUCAUGUACAACUCAUAUAAGUGUUUUAGAAAAUGAAGAAUUUUUCGGUAAAACUGGCAAACGAACAUUAUUUACAAUUGAAUGUGAUACUGGAAAAGAUAUUCAUAAUCAUUCAAUGUUUCCAACAGAAAAUGAAAUUCUACUUAUUGCUGCAAGAUAA